AUGCCUUGCUAUAUAAUGAAAAGAAAACUACGACAUAUUCAAUCUAUUGGAAUCUAUAAUGUAUGCACACCAUUAAAUAAAGAUACUACAACUAAUUUCAUUAAAACCCAUGCAUGCUUUUUCACAAUUGAAACUACUAAAGGUGAUAUAAUAUAUGUAAGUGAAACCCAGCAGACAACGCUAUGUAAUGUUCAAUUUAAUGCAAUCAAUUUUGAUGGAUGUCCAUUAGAUCGUUUCAUAUUGAAAAUAUUUACAGAGUAUCCCUUAGCGGAACCGUUAAGAUUAAAUUUAAAUAAAAAGAAUGACAAAUGGAAUCAAGUCGCUUUAUAUUCUAUCAAUCUUAAUAAUCUAAAUGUUAUUAAUAUUAACAAACUUUCUUCUGUUAAGGGUAUUAUUAUACCUAUACUUAAGAUGUCUGACGGAUAUUUUUUACCGAAUCAAUUUAAAUUAGGCAUACAAGAUCAUAAUAAUCAAUUUGCAAAUUAUAAUUCAUCAACGAUAAAAAAAUCUUUCAACUACAAUAGCUUAAUUAAAUUAAAUAAAUUAGUUGAAUAUCAAAAACAACUUAAUCAAGAUAAGCUUAAUUUAUCGAAAAGUAUAGAAAAUUGCUUAAGUGAUUAUAAAUUUAAAGAGUUCAAUAAAGAAAGAUUAAAAAUUAUUAAAACUUUAAUUGAAAAAAUCGAACUUAGAUUAUCUGAAAAGAGAGCAAAGAUAAAAAGUUUAAAUCUAGAAUUAUCCAAAUGCAAAUCCCAAAUUUCCUUACCAUUUAAAAAACAAAGUUCCAAUGUUACAAUCGAACAAGAUGAAUAUGGUAACACUUACUCCAAUUUAAUACAAUUAAAAGAUAAAAUAGGCAAGAUUAAGUCCAAAAAGAUUCAACACUUGGUAACAGUUUUCAAUAAUAUCCCGUUUAUAAAUAACACAGAUAUCAAUUUUUUCCAAAUGGUUACUAAUAAAUCACCAAAUAAUAUGUAUGAAUAUACCUUAAAACUAUUUAAUAUAGAUUUUGAUCAUAUUUUAACAUUAUCUCAAGAAUCUCGAGAAAAGAGAAUCAAAGCAAAUACACAAUUAGGUAGUUAUGUAUUAUUACUAUUACUAAUCAGUAAUAAAAUCCUGAAUAUUCAAAUACCAUUUAAUAUGUCCUAUUAUGGGAGCACCUCUAUGAUUAAUUUUCACUAUCCGUUAUUUAUAACCCAUGUUCAAUCUACUAAACACUUAAAUGAAUUCAAACUAGGCAUUAAUUUAUUAAACAUAAAUAUUAACCAAAUUAACCAAUUCCUUCAGAACUAG